UCAGAACCUCUCCUCAGAGUAAAGAGACACGAUGACAUGAAAAACCGUAAUGUUCCCUGCAGGAAAGUCUUCACCGUCACUGGAUCUCCAGAGCGUUGGGGAAAAUGACUAGUUUUGUCACAUUUGCUCAGCAUGUUUGGAAACUUUUUGCAACUGAAAGAAAGCCUGGCUGGAAGAAUCUCUUGCACCUGUUUGCGAUCUGCAGCAUCGUUAGUUUAGUAUCCAGUGUGUUCCUGCUGCUAGCUGGGUAUUCGUUUCUGGUGGACUAUCCUCUGUUUUCCUUGGUCACAUCCGUAUUCCUUUGGACUGUCCUUUCUGUUGGUUUGUGCUUUUCUAGGCACCUGCGCUGUUGUACUGCUCUCUUCUUCCUUUCCUGCGGUCUGCGUGAAGGAAGGAAUGCCUUAAUUGCAGCCGGGGCUGGUGUAGCAGUGGCUGGCAAUCUCGAAAGUAUUUUUUACAAUUUAAAACAGCUAGCAGAUAGUGUGACCUGCAUUCUGGAAUCCCAACGUUUCCCCUUUCUCAGCCACUACGUUGCAGCAAUUUGGUGGAUCUACCGUCAGCUCAACCUUUUGGACAACCCGUUUAAAGACAUUGUGUCGGUCGAUGGGCAGCUGAAUGUGUUUUACUCGGUUUCAGAUGAGAGCUUGAAAACGAAACUUCAGCACACAAGAUGGCGCCUCCGGAAUGUGACCAGCCGGAUCUCUUCUAUACUAGCCCUUCAGCCAUAUGUGGGCAAGAAAGUGCUUCCUCUUUUGGGGAUUGUCUUCAUGGUUCUUGGGACAUAUAUGUUUGUCCGAAAAUUCCUCAACCCCGGCAACGUCAAAUUUAAAAAUACUUACAUCACAAAAGAGUUUAUUCGGUACAAUGAGCAAAAGUGGCAGCAACGAAAGCUCUCUGUCCUGCCCCUCAGUAAAGAAGAAAGAAAAGUCUAUACAACAGUCCCGUCUUUUUGCCAGACGCCCAAGGAAAGGAAAAACACGGCACGCUUUUUUCUGCCUGUGCUUGCUAACCUUUGCAUUUGGGUUCUUUUUGCAGCAGUAGAUUAUUUGCUUUACUGGCUGAUUUUUUCAGUGAGCAAGCAUCUGCAAGAUUUCCCUGAGCUAGAGGUCCAUUUGAAAUUGUAUUACCAUAAAAAUUCUGAUAAAUUUAUCUUCAACAAUGGGGAGAUCAUUAACAAUACAACCUUCUUUAAGAUUCCUCUCUUUGAGCACACCUGUAUUCCCAAACCCAAAUCUGCGCUUGCUGCCAACUGGAUCCCGCUAGCGAUCAUUGUCUUCCUUUUAGCAGCGCUUGGGUUGUUGGUCUGUACCUUCACUCAGCUCAAAAUACUCGUGACAACGUCGUUCUUUCCUCACACAGACAUGAAACGGAUAGAGUAUCUGCAUGCAAAGUUAUUAAAGCGAAGAUCAAAACUUCCUGAGAGAAACAGGAAAAGGAAACUGAAUACAUUUGCAAAGCUACGCUUCUGGUUCCCCAUCCUCCAGGCGAUGAGAAGUGUCCAGAAGGCUGGCUCAGAAGUGACAAAAGACAGUUGUGUUUAACAACAUAAGGAAAAUCAUUACAGAAAUUCAUGGUGGGAGUGGACCUUGCAGAUUUAAUUUUUUUUAUAAAUCACUGAUUUGCUUUUUGCUUCUAGAGCAACUUUGAGCUCAUAAAAAUGUUCAAACUUAGAGCUUAAUUUGCUGUAUUGUCCUGAUAGUUCUAAUACCUCUCUGUGCCUCACGUAUUUUAACUUCUCAGGCCUUCUCUAACAUUUUUUUUACUCCCCGCAUAUUCCUUUCUGCCGCCUCUCUCUCCUCUGUACCACUGCUCUUUUGUGUGGGUGGAUAUUUUUCUCUCCCUGUGAUAUAUCUAUCAUCAUCCAAGUGUCUUGGUCCCUCCAGCCACCUUCCACUUCAUGUUUUAUUUUUUACAGAUGAAAGAACUUUAGGCUUUCAACUCAACAUGAACAACAUAAAUCUGAAAUGAAGGGUUUUAGUUAUACGAGGCCAAUUAGGGUUGCUGGCAUCUUUUCUUAUGUUGCUUCUAGUGAUGCUGUGACCUCAUUCUCCCCUCCUCCUUUUUGGUGUGCAAGAGUGACAUUGCUUGUAAAAAAAAAAAAAAACCUUGGCUCGCCCUUUUGACUCACACAUUCCACCCACACUCUGAGAUGAGGAACUACUUUUUUUAAGGCAGAGAGAUAA